AUGUCUAAUGGUGUUGCUUCUGAUUGGCCAUGUGGAAGAGGAAUUUGGAUCAGUGAAGAUGAAACUAAAAUGGUUUGGGUUGGAGAAGAAGAUCAAUUGAGAAUCAUUUCCAUUUUCUAAGGAAAUGAUCUUAGUAAUAGUGGAUUGAAGUUUGCAGAACAUCCACCUUAUGGUAUCAUUACCACAUGUCCAACAAACAUGGGAACAGGAAAAGAUAAUCUAUUUUAGGAAAUUCCAAAAUAUUACUAAAGGUGGAAAGGAUGA